UUGGUGGCUGGUGCAUAAACGUGGAUUACUGUGAUGUUGAAAGGUCUGCCUUGUAUCUAUAUAUGAUGCUAUUUUCUUGCAUUAUGCAUCACAUAGAAAACAAGUUUUUCAGAGAAGAGACAGAGGACAAAACAUUAAAUAAAAUGCACAUUAGUAGCACCCUAUUAAGUCCAGAGCUGAAAGGUAAGUUGAGCAAGAAGGAAAGUGGUGGGUCUGGCUCAGCUCAGAUGAUAAAAUCAACCAGCGACCACAAGUCUCCUCCCUUCUCCCCUGUUGUGUCAACUUCUGCUUGCAAAUGAAGAAAAGGAACUCAUUUAAAAGGAGAGUUCCUGUGUUUUGGCAGCAGCUGAAAUCUUCUUAGGUGCUGUGAAUGUAUGGAGCAAACUUCUGCAAGGGCCAGUGAAUACGACUAGAAUGGCUACUAGAGGCAGAAAGUUUGGGUCAAGUCGCUGGAAGCAAGCAAGAAGUGAACAGGGAAAUGUGCAAACCUAUCCCAUCUCAGAGGAAGAGUUAUCCCAGUCUGAAAUCAUGGAACAGAUUCAAGACGUCUUCCAGAAGCAUGAUGGAAACAAGAAGGGUUUUGUUACACAAGCCGAUAUGCAGAAACUGGAAGGAAUUGCACCUUGGAGCAGAGGAGAGCUGGAGCUGGUCUUUGCUGGCCUUGAUGCUGACAAUGAGGGCUGCUUAGCCAUUGAAGACUUCACAGCGGGACUUAGGAAUUUCCUGAACUCACAAAGUGUGACAAGACAGCAUCGGAAAAGGAAGAUGGCUUCAGCAAAGACUCUUGUUAACUUGACUCCCGAAGAAGCUAAUCCUGAGAGGAAAAAGUGCUCUGAGGCUUUCAUAAACCAACUGGGAACUGACGGGAUCUUCAAAGAGCAAGUUGCUGAACAUAACAGGAAGGUGCAGCAGCUCUAUGAGGAGAUGGAGCAGCAAACAGGGAGAGAAAAACAAAGGCUACAGUAUGAGAGUAAAACCAGAAGCCAGUUGUGCAACAUGGAAAUGAAGAAAGUGUUAGAUGUCAGGGAACAGGAAAUACAGCACUUCCUCACUGUUCAGAAUGAGCUGGAAACUCACUUUGUCAACCUCAAAGAAAACCAGCAAAUGGCCAAUACCCAAACUGAGGAACUCAUGCGAGACAACCAUACGCUUGAGACCCAGCUGCAGGAAACCCUCCACCAGCUUCAAAGGACACAAAGGCAACUGGAUGCAAUGAAAGAUCAAGUUGCUCAGAUGCUCAAAGAAGACAGGGCAUCUGAUGAUUUGACAUCAGUGACCACAGCUGCCUCAGUGUCUAGAACAAGAGUGAUUUCCAUUGAAGAGGAUCCUGUGGCCGACUGUGUUGGAGAACAGCAGUACUGCCCACAGGAGCCUUCAGGCCAAAGCUCUUUGUUUAAAGAGCUGAACGAGGCAAUGGCAGCAAUGAGCAGGGUGUCUGACGAAUCACAUGAACAACCAACAGGUGACUUUGGUUUCCAAGGAGAGGAGCUUAUGGGCAAAAUGAGACAAAAUGAAAAUUCUCAGCAAAGUGCCAUACAGCAAAAUCUACCUCAGAAUGGAGGUUUGACAAAAAAUUAUGUCAGGGAGAAAAGGAUUUCUGAAACUCUCACAAGCCAGGCUACAUUUCAAAGAGAGGUUCUUUUGAAAGAAGCAUCAACUUAUGUACGAGAUGGUGCUCUGGAGAUGAAGAACAGUCAUGUUUUUGAGCCAAGAAUGGAAGCCAGAACUCCAGUGCCAACUCCAGAAAUGAAGCCUCCUCCUCCUGGAAUUCAAUAUCCUCUUUAUUCAGGUUGGACAGCUGACCUCCACAACUACAAAGAGGGCCAACUACAAAGGGACAUUCUGGCUUCAUCACAGGCACUGAUCCAGCAUGAAAGCCACAAACAAGCUGUAAAGAGCAGUAAUAUCAAGAUGCAAGAGCUAUCUACUGAUUCAGAGCAGGGAGAGAAAAAGCCAUCUCCAGCAAUGAAAACAUUGGCUACAAAGAUACCAUCAUCCACUCCAGUGAAAGAUGUGGUAACAGUUCGCUUCCCAUCUAGAACAACUUUACUCAGACUGCAUGUGGGCCUUAAAUCUGAAACUUUGCAUGUCCACAAUGGCCAGUUCAAGAAUAUGCCGGACCUGGAAAUGCAGGCAUGUACCACUGAGUUGCUGGAAGGACCAUUAUCGGAGAAGAGAAAAGAAGGGAGGAUUUAUCUCUCCGAGUUUAAAAAGAAUCAAGAAGUCAAAGCAGUAAUGGACGAGGAAACAAAACUUACUCCCGAAGGCUGGGAUUGCCAAGUGAUGAAAGAGACAUCUCAAGGCACCAGAGUUCUCAGCCCUCAUCCAGACCACUUAUACAACAUCCUCUUUGUGGGAGACACUAAUGUUGGCAAAACCUCCUUUCUGUGCAGGUUACAGGAUGGCUCAGCUGGCACAAAUGUGACUGCCACUGUAGGAAUUGACUAUCGGAUCAAAAACCUCUUUGUGGAUGACAAGUGGUUUGCUUUACAACUAUGGGACACAGCUGGCCAAGAAAGGUAUCACAGUCUCACUAAGCAGUUCUUCCGAAAGGCUGAUGGAAUUGUGCUGAUGUAUGACAUUUCCUCAGAACAUAGUUUUGCAAAUGUGAAGUAUUGGCUGAACUGUAUACAGGAAGGAGCAGAGAAUGGCGUGAUUGUCCUUCUGCUUGGUAACAAAACAGAUUACACUGCCGAAAGGAGAAUAUCUGUAAAUGAUGGUGAAUCCUUAGCCAAGGAGUAUGGACUUUCAUUUUGUGAAUGCAGUGCAGCCUCAGGUCACAACGUGACUGAAUCAAUGGUCAAAUUAGCCAGGUUGCUGAAAACCCAUGAAGAACAGUUCAAGCAGGAAAUUCUGAAGUUAGUGCCACCUAAAAAGAAAAGUGGAUGCUGCUUUUAAUCAAAAGCCAACAUGGGACAUUAAGAGCAACUGUUAUUUUUUUUUUUAGAAUAUUAAUGCUAGCAAAUGUAUAAUUGAUAUAAGAAUACAUGGUGAAUUUUAUGUACAUAAAGAAGCUUCAUUUAGCAUUACAGUAUUUUGACUUGAUAUGUAUGCAAAGAUGUGUAAGAUAUCUGCCAGUCAAAUCACUGUCUAGAGUUCACUCUCAAAGAAGGCAUUUGAUGGCGAUCCAGUUCAUUGUGGAAUGGCGGUUGUUUGUUCCGCAAGUCAUGAGAUACACCAAAGCAUUAAGUGAUGCUGUGAAUAAAUUUGCAAUCAAAAUAUGCCACAGGAAUUUUGCCAUUAAACUCUUCCACAGCUAGAUACUUUUACUUGCCUAUAGAAGUAGUGUCUGUUUUAUCCAUAGUUUCAAGACUAAGUCUUAGUUUCAAGACUUAUACACCUGGAAAAUGACAUGCAUGCUGAGGAUAGUUUAGGUGUUCAUCUCAGAAUUAUUAUUAUUUUUAAAUCAACAGAUUAAUUUAAUCUAAAUCUUUCUGUGGUGUGAACUGCCGUUUUCACUGACCAGGUAGCAGUCUCCCCUAACUAGAAAUGUUCAGAUUGUUGAAAGAAUGAAUGCUGCUGAAUAAGCACCAGAGUAGAGGGAGAAAAAGACCACCGAGAAUAGAAAGGAGUUGUCAGGGUAGCAGGGAAAAAGAGUAGUGGUAAAUAGAAGGACCACCAGGGUGGGAGAGAGAAGGAUUCUGUGUGUGGUUAUGUAAGGGAAGAGAAACUGGGUGAGUAAACAUAAAGAGAAAACAGGAGAUAAAGAUGAAAUCCAUUAGUUUAAUAGAUCACAACCAGAGUAAGCAAAGUGUGCUGCUUAUGUACUGCCCCAUAGUGUUUAAACCUGUUUCUGGGCAUUUACAGUUUAUACAGGCUACAUACUGUCCUCCCACUUACCCAGCAAGCUGUGUACCCAGUUUACCAACCUUGGAAGGCUAAGUCAACUUUGAGCCAACUACCUGAGCCCUGGAUUAAACUCUGGUUGUGAACUUCAUUGCAGUACUGCAGUUUAACCACUGUGCCAUGCGGCUCAUUGAAUCAAUAAAAAAUUGGCAAGUCAGCUCCUGCAUGUUUCAUUGAUUCAAUGACCCUAUUCCAGUUGCAGCUUACUAUCUAAGCAAGUUGCAGCUGGAGUAGGCCUUUUGAACUAAUGGAAUUUACAGAAGCGUUGACUUGCCAAAUCCCCACUGAUUCACUGGCCCUAUUCUAGUUGCAACUUACUAGA